AUGAAGAUUGCGGUGAUCAAGGACAUUGAGCUAUCAGACAUGGAAUUCAUCUGCAAGAGUAUUGGAUGCAAACCAGUUGCCAUUGAUUAUCACAUCCUACCUGAAACAAUUGUAUAUGGUAAAUUUGUAGAAGAGGUCGUUGCUGGAACCAGCAAGGACGGUAAGAUUACCGGAGCUGCAACCCCUGGUAAGACAGUAACAGUUUUAUUGAGAGGCUCUAGUAAGCUGGUAAUAGAAGGGGCAGAGAGAUCAAUCCAUAAUGCCUUGCGCAUCAUCUGUUUUCUCAUCGAAAACAAGGUGCUCAUCACCAGUGGCGGAGCACCCGAGACUGAGGUUGCCUACCAUUUGAUGAAAUACUCAAGAAUCCUGAGUGGUAUAGAAGCAUACUUUGUAAGAGCAUUUGCAGAGGUCAUUUAAGCGAUUUCCAGAACUCAGGCAAUGAA